GAUAUUUACCAUCAAAGAAGAAGAUCGCUGGACAUCCGAUUCAAAUUGAUAACAUCGAUAAUCCAAAGUAUAUUGAAGUUCUUCCACAAUUGAUUCAAAUGUUUACACCUUUACUCGAUUAUGUCGAACUUUGGCGUAUUAACGUAAAAAUCCUGGAAGACAUUAUUGAACCAUUAGAAAUAGUUCCAAAUGAUGCAAUGAUGCAAGUUUAUCGUCACCAAGCAAAAAAUAAAUCAAUACCAGACACACGCGGAAUUCCAUACAUAUGCAUUGAAGAUAGCGUAGAAUAUGUUUGGAAUAUCGAUCCCUGCGGAACUCCGCUUGGAGGGUUUAACGGAUCAUUAGCAUCAUUAUCUGCCAUAAAAUUAGGUUCAAUUGCUGUUGAAGCUGCUUUAAAAAAGGCCAAAAUCGAAACUAAUAGCGUUCAAGAAGUCUUUUUCGGAAAUGUUCUUUCGGCCAACCUUGGUCAAAAUCCUGCUCGCCAAGUUGCUCUUGGUGCAGGCAUCCCUGAUACCGUGAUCGCUACUACUGUCAAUAAAGUAUGCGCUUCCGGUAUGAAAGCCGUAAUUUUAGGUGCUCAAACGAUUAUCACCGGUAAUGCUGAUAUCGUCGUUGCGGGUGGUACGGAAUCAAUGACAAACACUCCUUACUAUGUACCGCAAGCAAGGUUUGGAUCUAAAUAUGGAGAUCAAACUCUUGUUGAUGGCAUAGUUAAAGAUGGUUUAACAGAUGUAUAUAAUAACUACCUUAUGGGCAUUGCUGCUGAAGAAUGUGCAACUGAACACAAAUUUACUCGUGAGGAUCAGGAUAAUUAUGCGAUCUCUUCUUAUCAACGUGCACAAGCAGCUUUUGCUAAUGGACAUUAUGCUGAUGAAAUUGUUCCCAUAACCGUUCCGGGAGGUAGGGGCAAACCUAACAAAGUUAUCACUCAAGAUGAUGAAAUUUCAAACCUUAAUGUUGAUAAGUUACGCGUAGUCCGACCAGCUUUCUCGGAAAAAGGGACAGUGACUGCACCGAAUUCUUCACCAUUAAGUGACGGAGCCGCAGCCAUUGUUUUGAUCAGUGGUGAAAAAGCAAAAGAAUUAGGCGUCAAAACCAUUGCAAAAAUUAGUGGAUGGGGUGAAGCCGCUCAGGCACCAGCAAACUUUACCACUUCACCUGCAUUGGCAAUUCCCAAAGCAUUGGCUCAUGCAGGAAAUAUUCAAUUGUCACAAAUAGAUUAUUUUGAAAUUAAUGAAGCAUUUUCAGUAGUAGCAUUAGCAAAUUUAAAAUUACUUGGAUUAGAUAAAGAUAAAAUAAAUGUCUUUGGAGGAGCUGUUGCCAUGGGUCAUCCACUAGGUUGUAGUGGCGCAAGGAUUAUUUGUACUUUAAUUAGUGUAUUACAAAAAAAGAAUGGCAAAGUUGGUGUAGCUGGUGUAUGUAAUGGUGGUGGUGGCGCUAGUGCCGUUGUUAUUUCGUUAUGUGAUUAA